AGGCGAGGCUGCUCGAAAGAAAUGAGCUGGUUGAAGAGAGGUUAGUAUAACUUUCCGUCGAGCUUUUUAGAUCUAGAUUGUUAUAGACUUUCUCUCUAAGUCUAACAUUAUGAUCUUCAUCUAAAUACGAUAAUUUCACAUCACUGAACAUAUCAAUCCAUAUUCGCGACAUUCGCAUUUUGUCUUCAUUAAUGUGAAGCCUUAUUUCAUAUUGAGUACCUACAACUUUUUGCGCGUAGUUUUGUUUUUAGAGAUAGGGUAGUAGAAAUAUUUUGUAUUUUCGUUUUUUAUUCCUACCGUUCACUAGAACUAGGUGAAGAUAUCAUCGAACGACAACUAAGACAUCCUCAAAAUGUACGGUGCUGGCCCUCCUCGCGGGCGUGUCGAUGGAGGUGGAAGGCGGAACAGCCGAUCGCGAUCCAGAAGCCGGGGUAAAUGUUGCUACUCUUGGGUGUUUGUUUCCAGGCAGGACGAACGGUAGAUUGUGUAAUAAAGUUAGCCAUAGUUGUCGCAAUUAUCAUUCUUUUACGUUCACCUUAAUAUAUUAUCCCCCCACCCGCCCUUUCAGGCUAUCAUCAUCAACAGUUGUUUCAACAGAAGUGUCGACGUACAACAUGAAGGGUUUUAUUCUUUUGACGGAACAGUCCGUCAUCUCUCGGAAAAUCUUGUCAUUAUAGGCGGAGGCUACCGCUCACGAUCGCGCGAGCGACGA